AUGCGCCAUGGAGCUGCUGCAGGCCACAUCACGCCACCGGGCUACUCCCGGGCUUCAGCCGUGGCCUCAGCAACACCACACGCAGCAGCUGAUGCCGCGGCCACAUUCGCUGCAACGGCCAUGAAGCCCCCUGACUCCGUGUUAUUGCCAACAGCACCAGCAGCCACCACCACUGCCGCUGCUCCAGGCCGUGCCGGCUCGGGAGCAGCAUCGGCGGAACAGUACGGCAUGGAGGAGGACGAGCGGGAAGAAGAGGGCUGCAUUGGCAGGUCUCACGGGGGAGGCAACUACAGCUACAGCUGCUGCUGCCGGGGGAAUGGCGCCGAUGUGCGUGCGAGUGCGGGUGUGGGUGCUGCCCCCGCCCUCGCCAGGAUCAUCCAGCUGCGUUGUGAGCAGUGCGGGGGCCGGGGCCUGGUGGCCUCCUCCGGGCCCGGCCGUGACAGAUACCUCAGGAAGUGCCCCCAGUGCGGGGGGUUCUUUCCGUGGAUCAGCUGGAAGUUGUUCCUAACGUCCACUGCGGCCCCGGGCAACGGAGGCCCCCUCCAGCAGCCCCGCGGACAGCGAAGCGUCCUCUACUCCAUUCCUGAGAAGCCCGACCCGGUCAAGCAGGCGGAGGCGCUUGCCCGUAGCCAGGCAGCCGUAGAAGCUCUACAGGCGGCUGCGCGACCUCGAGAGAUGAAAGAUGGACACGAAGCGGAGCUGGGCGGGCAACAGCAACAGCAAUAG